AUGUCGAUUAGUCAAAUUUCUAAUUGGAAAAAGCUUAAACGUAAUGGUAAUUUCAGAAAAAGAGUGAAAGAUAGCUAUCAACGAAUUAUAAAUUUAUCUAAAGAUACAGAUAAUCAAAUAGUCGCGAGAUCAUCAUCUACUGCUAAGUUGGAAUCUAUUAGCACAGAUUUAGAACAUCAAAAUGUAAAUUCAAGUUCUUCUGAAAGCCAUGGCUUGCAACUAGAGCUUGGAACUUAUGAUAAAGGAAGUGCCAAUGUAGAACUUGUGGAUUUAAGUGACGAAGAAGAUACCACAGAGCUGUCCGAAAUCAGUAAAAAUAUUAAGGUGAAUCAGCGCAUCCGACUAUGGGCUUCCUGUAAUAUUAGUCAUUUUGCAUUAAGGGAGCUUUUUAUUAUUUUGAAUGACAGAAUUCCUAAUCUUCUUCCAAAAGAUCCAAGAACAUUAUUACAAACUGCUAGAAAAAUUAACCUAAUUAAAAUGACUAAUGGAUACUACUGGCAUUUCAGGUUGAAAAUUAAUUUAUUACGAUUAUUAGAAAACGUGUCAACGUCUUUGGAUUCAAUAUCACUUAAUAUAAAUUUGGAUGGCCUCCCUAUUUUUAAGUUCCAAAAACGAAUUUUGGCCGAUACUAUGCAAUGUUCAUGA